AGCAGACAAGAGAGAGCAAGAAUAGCUUAUCUGUAAAAGUACGACGUUAGAGAUGUGGUAUGUUAUAGCGACUUGUCUCUGCACAGUCCUGUUGGUAACUCUCACCGAAGGCGCAUCCUUCAAAAAAGACCACGCCUUGCAAGAAAGAAAUGAACAAAGAAUGGGACCAAACAAAGGAGUGUCAAGAUUUCGCCGGCAAAUGGCAAUAUGCGGAAACCAAUAUUACUAUCCAGGUUUUGCCUUGUGUUGUGAUGAUAAUAUAGUCCCCAUCAUACCAGGCCAAGCUAGCAUGUGCUGUGGUAGCAGCGUAUUCAGUCCAUUAAUCCAGAUAUGCUGUGAUGCCAACCCACAUUCAAAGAUUGGACUCCAGCUACCAGCCUGCUGUAGAAGUUAUCCAUAUGAUGCAAAUAACACAUUAUGUUGUGAUACUACCCCAUUACCAAUGGUUGGAGUCCAAUCAGCCUGUUGUGGGAGUGACAUAUACAAUAUGGCUACCCAAAUAUGUUGUGAUAGCUAUGUAGUCAUGAAACCAGGGAUUAAUUCAGUUUGCUGCGGCUCGCAAGCAUAUGAUAUCGAUACUCAGCUCUGCUGUGAGGGUCGUCCUGUUCCCAAGGUGGGAAAUUUCUCAGCUUGCUGCGGAAGUACUGCAUAUGAUGUUCAAAAUCAAUUGUGCUGCGAAAAUCAUGUUGUCCCUAAAGUCUCACCUUACUCAGCCUGUUGUGCCAGUCAGGGUCAAGUCAUCUUUUCCUACAAUACACUUACCCAGCUUUGUUGCGAGGGUUUUAUAUAUCCAAGAGCUCCUGGCGUACAAUGUUGUGGAUCACUGAUGUAUAACACGAUGACAUAUAUGUGUUGCGAUGGCAGCCUUAUAUUGCCUAAGUUAAUAACGGGUUGCGCAGGAUUUGCUUAAGACUAAGUAUGACCGUAAAAGCAAGAUCAUACCUUCAGCUUACUGUAUAUGUAAUCAUUCUGGUACCAUAUAUAAUCAAAAGAUACGAGCCAGUCAGGCAUGAUGGUGUCACUGUCGACUUUGAAAGGAUAACGGAUUUUAAAGUUAUUCAUUUUUGGUUGUAAACUGUACCAGCACCUUAAUUUACCCAUCAAAUAUAUCAUAUCACAGGGCACUGAUUGUCUCUUUUUACACUGUAAUUGCUAUUCACUCAGUGUCCCAUUCUUUUCCCUCCUCGAUUUCAGUCCAGGUCAACUUGUAAACUUAAUGAUUCGGUUUAAUUUUUUUAUAUCUGUUGACCUGAAGAUACAGUUCCAUUCUUCUCAGAAAAAAUCUCCCCUUUUUGCUUUUCGCCGUUGAAAUCUGUAUUUUUUAUAACGUUUUCUCAAGCUUUUCGAAAGUGUAUUGGGGCUAAUAAACAACAGAGUUUAUGUC